AUGGGAGAUUUCAACUCUGCUCUUAACAUUGAAGAUAAAUCGAUCAGCAUUUCAUCUAUUUCUCCUGGUAUGCGAGAAUUUAAAGAUUGUGUUGAGGAGAUUGAGGUCUUUGAUAUUAAGCGAACAGGUUUUCACUUCACCUGGAGCCAAAAACCCAAGAAAGGAGUAGGAUUGCUGAAAAAGAUCGACAGAGUCUUGGGUAACCUUCCUUUUGUUAGUGCUUUUCCUGAUUCGGUUGCUAUGUUUAGGCCCUAUGGUGUUUCGGAUCAAUGUCCGUGUGUCCUAAAGUUGUCAUCGGCUGGCAAAAAUAAACCGAGACCUUUCAAGUUUGCUAACUUUUUGGUGCAUAAGCCGGGUUUUAUGGAUAUUGUUAAUUCAAAGUGGGAUGUUCAUAUUAAUGGAGUUCAUCAGUUUCGUGUCAUUAAGAAACUCACUCUAAUGAAGUCUUCUCUUCGAGCUCUCCUUUUCCAACGAGGGAAUCUCCAUGAAAAGGUUGUGAAGCUUCGUGGGAAACUUGAGACUAUCCAGCGAGACAUUGAUAGGGACCCUAUGAACGAGUUUUUACGUGGUCAAGAGGCUUCCGUGUUGCGUGAUUUUCAGGAGGCUUCGCUUGAUGAGGAGAGAUUCCUAAAGCAGAAGUCUAAAGUUGAGUGGCUUCGAGCAGGUGAUGCUAAUACGGCCUAUUUUCAUUCGUCAUUAAAAUGUAGAAACCACAUUAAUCGUAUUGAGGCUAUAUCUGAUUCGUGUGGAAACCUGUUUGAUGGUGAUAAUGUGGCGGCGGCUUUUGUUAACCAUUACGAGCAAUUUUUGGGAAGUGAAGGUCAAGUGUCUUUGUUACCUUCGCCUGAUCUUUUUUCUAAUAAGCUAAAUCCUAAAACUGCAAACUAUAUGGUUCGACCGGUCACCUUGGAGGAAAUUAAGUCUGCUAUGUUUUCGAUUGGGAAUGAUAAAGCCCCUGGGCCUGAUGGUUAUACGACUGCGUUUUUUCAAGAUAAGGUGCUGGCGGAUCGGUUGAAGGGUUCGUUAAAUGAAAUUGUAAGCAUAAACCAAUCAGCUUUUGUUCCUGGUCGGAAAAUUUCAGAUAACAUUCCUCUUACACAGGAAUUAAUGCAUAAUUACCAUCGUGACUUUGGUCCCCCAAGGUGUGCGUUUAAGGUAGAUAUCCAGAAAGCUUAUGAUACGGUUGAGUGGAGCUUUCUCAAAAAUGUGCUUCUAGGGUUUGGUUAUAAUGGUAUUAUGGUGGAUUGGAUCAUGCUGUGUGUGUCAGCAGCCUCUUAUUCUAUUCGUGUUAACGGGAGUAUUCAUGGGUAUUUUAAAGGAAAAAGGGGUUUAAGGCAGGGUGAUCCCCUAUCCCCUUAUCUUUUCACUCUCGUGAUGGAAGUCUUGACAUGCAUUUUAAACCAUGCAACGAGGAUCGACUCAUCUUUCAGGUUCCAUAAUAAAUGUGAGAAGCAACAAAUUGUUAAUCUUUGUUUUGCAGAUGAUUUAUUCCUGUUUGCUAGAGGAAAUGUGGCUUCAGCUAGGUGUGUUAUGUUAUCCCUCACUCAGUUCACUCGAAUGUCAGGCUUGGUUCCUAGUAGUCAGAAGAGUACAGGGUUAUUCUGUAACGUCCCUAAUCACGUUAAAAGAGAAAUCUUGACCAUUAUGCCUUUUGUGGAGGGUUCGCUUCCUGUGAGAUACUUGGGUGUGCCGCUUAUUUCUUCUAGAUUAUUAUACAAGGAUUGUAGUAUUCUUGUGGAGCUUCUUGAUCAACGGAUAAAUAAUUGGAAGAACAAAAUGUUAUCGUUCGCUGGUAGAUUGCAAUUAAUUAUAUCGGUCCUUUCGGCUUUACAUGUGUACUGGUCUUCGGUAUUUAUUUUACCAGCCAGGGUGAUUAAGGAAUUGGAAGCUAAAAUGCGGAAUUUUCUAUGGGCUCAAUCCUCUUCUCAGCGUGGUAGGGCGAAAGUUUCUUGGAAGUCUGUUUGUGUGCCUAAGCAUGAAGGGGGUUUAGGUAUUCGUCGUAUUGCUGAUGUUAAUAAAUCUCUUAUGGUGUCUCAUAUUUGGAGCAUUCUAAGUAAUCGUCAAUCUUUAUGGGUUGCUUGGAUCCAUUCUUAUCGAUUAAGAGGUCGUAGUUUUUGGGAUCACAAGGUUCCAUCUAGUUGCUGUUGGAGUUGGAGAAAGAUGGCUCAGAUUCGGCCUUUGAUUCGUCAUCAUGUUUGGUCUCAGAUUGGUGAUGGCAGCCGUACCUCAGCUUUGUAUGACACAUGGAGUAAUAUUGGUCCGCUUUGUAGCUUCCUUUCGCCUAGAGUGAUAACUCGCGAGGGGUUCUCUUUAAAUGCCACAGUAGCUGAUGUUUAUUCAGAUGUUACGUGGCUUUGGCCGGUUGCAUGGAAAUAUACAUACCCCGUACUCGUACAAUUAGACCACGUGCAACGUAACUUUAAUAACCAGGAUCGUAUCGUUUGGAAGGUUGGUGAUAAUUUAACCGAGCACUCUUCUUCGGAAGUUUGGGAUUCAAUUCGGUCAAGGGAGCAGGAAGUGAAUUGGGCUAGUAUCGUUUGGUUUUCUCAAUGUAUUCCUCGUCACGCGUUUCUGAUGUGGCUGAUUGUUAGACGUAAACUUUUGACUCAAGACAAAAUCUUGCAUUGGAACUGUACUCGAAGAACUAACAUGAACAUGAUGUGUUGCCUCCUGUGUUAUGAGAAUGUCGACUCACAUGACCAUUUAUUCUUUGAAUGCAAGCUGUCUACGCAAAUCUGGAAUAUGGUUAGAUCUAAAGUUGGUAUGGAUAAUUUGGAAUCAAAGUGGAGCGUUAUUUUGGGUUGGCUUGGCUAUCGUUCUCGGUCAAAAUCAGCAAAGAACCUGGAAAGAAACAAUCGGCUUUUCAGGAACCAAGCGAGACCACCGGAUAUCAUUUGUAAGGCUGUUCUAGAUAAUGUGAGGUAUAAACUGAUGGGGCUCAGAUUCAAGAACACAGCUAGAGUGCGGGAGUUGCUGGAGAAGUGGGAUAUCCAUGGUGCAGAUUUAGUAAUGGAAAAUGGCUGA